AUGCACCUGUUGACCGAGACCGCAAUCAGCGACAGCCGAGAAUUCGAGAUUCUAUCUUUUGAGGAGGUGGAACAUCUGAAAAGGGAAAGGCAGUAUCUCAGGAACAGGGUCGACACGACGAGGAGGAAGUUGGCUUUGGAAAGCAAGUUACGGGAUGCGGCCCAGUCUCUGAAUCGAUUAUACUCAACCCGCGACAAGGCCAUUGCGGCAGGUAAUUCACCCAAAAGGUCGCGGCGGAGUCUUCUUGGAAGUAAACCCAAUUCAGGGGAAGAUGUCAUGACUCGUGCCGAUGAUGAGUAUGCGGCCAGUGAUCGCAAGGUCCACGAAUUCACACAAGAGCUGUCGGAGCUGGAACGGAGGCUGGAAUCUACGGAGAAGCGUCUCUUGGAGCAUACUGCCGGCGUGCUUCAGAUGACACACAAGGGCUUGAAGAAGAAUCUCCGACGAACUGAGUUGCCCCGAAGCCCCGAAAGCAUGACCAGUCAGGCGAAUCAUCGCAACUCGGGGAUGGACGGGAUCGAUGAUUUUGACGAACGAAGCCUGUACCAAGUACCGGACUACGUGACGAAGUUUGGACAGAUCCCACCGCCACUCAACACGAGCAGGGCUCGCAACAGCGAUCCGAGAGCUGUCGACAAUAUUGCAAGCCGACUGCAGGAAAUCAACAAUCGACUCCAUUCCAUGAUUGUCGAAGCCGGCUCUCACGAGCACUUCGAUCCACCGCCUCAACCAACUGACGAGCACAUGACCGGACCGGUUGACGCCCAGAUCCAAGCCUAUCUGGGCUAUCUGUCACAAGGCCUCCAUGUCAUGGAGGCUGCCCAGGCUCGCGGACACGCCGAGGCACAGAAAACCAUCUUUGACUCGGAGGAUCAGCUCGAGGAUGUCAAUAACAGACUGCACGACAUGCUGGAGAGGACAGACCCGACCGGCCACAGCCCUCAGUUGCAACAUGAUGAACCUAGGGGGAAGGACCUGCAAUCUCAGCUAGCAUUUUCUACCGUUGUGCUGGACCGCCUGAACCAGCGCAUCGAAACUCUUGUUGAACAAAAGGACAUUCUCACUCGGCAGAUCCAGCAGCAGCGGGAUCUUAAUACAAAGACGGACGCCCAGCGUGACGCCAAAAUCCGAGAGCUGACCGACCAGUUGGAAGAAGCCCAAUGUCUCCAGACCGUGGGCGAGCAACAGGCUCAGCACUCUCGAGAUCAAAUCAAUCUUUUGAUGGAGCAGUUGGACAUGGCCAAACAGAACUCUGCUCUACUGGAGCAGCAGCGAGGCACAAACGAUGCCGAGGCGUUGGAGAUGGAUCGAUCAGCGCGCAAGGAGAUGGAAGAGAAACUGAUGGCCGAGUUGCAGACCAAACAAGAAGAGCUCGGUCAGCUGCGAUCGGAGUUGGGUCAAUUGCGGCUCGAGUCGGAGUCGAAAGCCGAGCGAUUGCUCCAGCAACUUGAAGAGGUGCAAGCGGCAAAAGGCCAGGCGGAUCUGGCGCUUGAAAGCCAUAGAACAGAACUGGCUCAUUUUGAGACCAAGUUUGCAGCGUUACAAGCCGAGCGAGAUCAAGCUUGCACCGAUCUUCGCCAGCAGAUCAACCGCCUAGAGACCGCCAAAGCCGGCGCUGAGGCCGAGCUGUCGAAAGUCCGCGAGGAGAUGAAAGAGUUGGAAUCCGAGGUGGUUCGAGCCCAGACCGAGCUCACGAUGGUCAAGGCGGAACUCGACGGUGCCUAUGGGACACGUGCUCAAAGGGCCGCAGAUGUGUCCAUGAACCCGCAAAUCCAAAGAGUGAUCGAUGAGCUGAAUGCACGCAACAAAGACCUCGAAAACCAGCUCGAUUUCCUUCAGACACAACACGAAACCAAAGGCGUCGGCAGCGCGGAGUUACAGAACAGGGUGAAUGCACUGCAAAAGGAGUUGAAAGAAACCAUUGAAGACUACGAACUAAUGACCAAGCAAAGUAUUGACGACGAAAAAGAACGGGACCGGCUGGAGGAAUCGGUCGAUGCUCUUCAACAACGAUGUGAAAUCCUGGAGUCCCAAUUGAAUGAAGAGAAGGUUAAAUGGCUCGGCGUCAAAGUUGGUUCACCCAAUGAAACGACGUCCACGAUGGUCCUGAAGAACGAAUUCAAGAAGAUGAUGCGGGAGACAAGAGCAGAGAACCUCCGGACGAUCAAGGCUGAACAAGAAGAGCGACGACGUCUUGAAGGCAUCGUCAAGAACUUGAAAAAGGACCGGCAGCAGACUCGGUCGUCGAAAGAUGUUUCUGAAUCUUGA